UAUAAUUCAAGAUAUACUAACAGCACAUCCCCCGUGGAUGAUGCGCGGCGUUCGCGCCCCUUAGUGUGUGACAUUGCGGUGCUCUAUCUGCAACCCUGGCACCGUCCAAACGGCUCCUUUCGUCCAUGAUGAUACUCCCACAAAAUGUGUUGUGAAUGAGUGCGCAGCAGCUUCAAAGCGACAAUCACCACGGUUGCCUACCUUGAAUACGGUAACCGAGUGGUAACCAUGUCGAAUGUCAACGGAGGUUCGCCCUCGAGGUGCUGUCCUGCAAGUAUAAUGGAAUAGACCCGGUCACGUUUCUUCAUGCAAGUACUUUCCAGCCUCUUCCGAAACCGCCGCAUCACGAUCGGCGUGCAACGGUAUCCCUGCCGUUACCGCGGUUUUCAGACGAUCCGACCAUAUAAGAUUCCCCGACAUCCACUUCAAUUCUAACUUGUCCUCCUCCUCUCCUUUCAAGCUUUCCCCCCAUACCAUAGAAAUGUCUAACCGCUCAUUCCCGGAGAGUGAUGCCCAUCGAGAAGCAGCUCGGCCAACCCUCCCUUCCGUCCGCGAACUUUUCCCAGAAUUAUCUCGUACUCCAAGACCUUCCGUAAUACCACCUCCUUCCUGGAUGGGCCCCAAUGCAAGUCAUGACCCAUACUGUGCGCCGCACAUGGGCCACUCAGAUGGUGCCCUAUCAGGGCCAGGCUUGCAGAGAAACCCUUCAACUCCCUACCACCCUUCACGUAGUUCACGACACGAAACGCACGCAACACACCUUCACCCAUCUCAUGAACAUCCACAGCAUUCAUUGUAUCAUUCUCAACACCCACCGAACCAAUUUUCUCGGUCGUCCUCUAACAGUGCCCAGGGACGGCCAGCCUACGACUAUACAACCCAUCCAGGGUCAAGCUCAUAUAUGGAUUAUUCAAGGCAGCAAUAUUCUGGGCAAUCCAUGAUCGAGCCCCCCGGAUCAACAUCUUAUGUUCCACGCUACCCCGAUGUACGGUCUCAGCAUUACCGUAGAGACUCGCAAGAGACCGUAUCUAGUUUAGAAGACUCCGCUCCCCACGCCAAUGCGACUGGCCCUUCAUCACUCAAAUACGAGUGUGACUACUGCGGCAAGGGUUUCAAUCGCCCCAGUAGUUUAAAGAUACACUUGAAUAGCCACACCGGCGAAAAGCCCUUUACGUGCACUUUUGAAGGCUGUGGCCGCAGUUUCAGCGUGCUCAGCAACAUGCGUCGGCAUGCUCGCGUGCAUGCCGAUGCCUCAGGGCGCUAUCAUGAGGACAGCGACGAGUCAAAUGACGCACAUCCACGUUCCGGGCGUUAGAGCAACAUGCGUUGUCCGCACGGAUGCACACUUGGCGCAUGCAAUCACUCCUAUUCGGGUCCUCAUGAUCUUCGUUGCAUUUUUCACGGACAUUGCAUCGGUCGUUCAUGAUGAGCGGCUUAUUUAUAGUUCACGCGCAUUAUUUAUUCCAUCUAUCGCAUGCACUUGAUCACCAUUAUAUUUAUCACUCACGUAUUUAUUCCAUACAGUCAUUGUCGCUAGUAGUAGUACUCAUCGCCUGGUGUAUCCAUUUCAUUUUAAUUAAUAGUGGUUUCCGGGAUUGAAAUGUAUUUUCUUCGA